AUGAAAUUAAAAGAUGGUGAAUCAACAGGAUGGAUAAAGGUUAUAAAAAAACCAACUUCGAAAAUGAAAGUAGCAAGUAGACGUGUUACUGCCAAACCGCGAUCCAAUAACCCUGUUGGAUCGCGAUCAAAUACACUCGUUGAAUCACCAACGUGUAAUCUCGCUGAGCCACGAUUGAGUAAUCUCGUUGAGCCACAAUCGAGUAAUGUCGUUGCCGUCGAUCCGCAAACUAAUGCAGAUAAUAAAUUCAAUUCUAAUGGGUUACAAACAAGUAACUUUGUUGCUAUUAAAUCUCAACAAAGACUUACUAAACCAAAAUCGCGUAUAACCUUAAAGCAAUCAUCUUUAUCUGAGUUUUUCCAGCUGGAAAAUAAAUUUGAAAAUAAUCACCUAAACAUUGCAAAAGAAGUUAAUAUCUCGCGCCAAAGUCAAGUUUUUAAACCACCUGAAAAAAAGCAAUCGUCCAGAAAGCGAAAGGAUAUUCGAGAAGAAACAACAGGAAAAUAUAUUAAACAAGGUCAGAAUCAGCAAAUUACUUUGACAAUGUGCUUUGAAAACGAUAUGAACUUUUAUGCGCAAUUUAAAACCGCCAAAGAAAAAAGUAAUACCAGUAAAAGUAGUGAAAAAAGUAAUAAUCGUAAAAAUAGUGAAAAGAGAAAUAAUCGUGGCAAAAAAGCAAAAUCAGUUCGAACUAAUAAUGCAAUAGAUAAAAAUGAAAAAAUUCAAAAGAAAUUGGUAGAUUUCUUUCUUCUGAAAAAUCAGCAUACAACUCAUAGUCAAAAUACUAUAAUUGCAUCGGAACUUCAAAAUCUUCCUAAUUCAGCUUCUGUGAAUGGCUCAACAGCUUUAGAUGUUAAUCAUUUAGAAUCGGAUUUGUCACAAGAUUGUUAUAAUAAUUCUCCUGAUGAACUAAAUGGAGCAAAAUCUACAAGUUGUUUUUUGAUCUCAAAAAAGUGUCUUGCUGGCUCUAACACGUCUUAUUGGCAAAAUCGGGAUGACCAGCAAAUGCCUCUGAGUAAUUCCUAUCACUUAUCAAAUCUCUCUGUGCUAACGGAUGAUUCUUUUAUAACAACAUCUUCACGUGUAAGUUCUGAAAUUACGCCAGAUAGACAUUCUGGAAAGUCGUCAAAAAAUAACCUUUGUGAUAGCGUUGUACAUGACAGAGAGCUUAAAAAGGGCUCAUCAGCUCAAAUUAGUAAUAUUCCAUUACAAAGCAAUGUGAAUCCUUUAUUGGAAAUGGAUAGUAAGCGUUUAGUGUCAAUGCAAAACAAUCUGUCUUUAGUAGCGGCAUCAAAGUCAGUGAGUCGAAGAAUGGCAUCCCCAGAUAAACAUUGUAAAGCUAAAACAAAUGGUGGUGCCUCUACGAAGAUUAUUCAUGAAUCACAGAGAAGUCAUAAUAAUUUUCAUAAUGGUGAUGAUCUCGAUUCCACUACACCUUCUCGUAACACUAAUGUUAUGGUACAAAAUGAGAUCUUGGAUGUUAGUUCCACGCAAAAAACAUUAUUCCUUUCUGGUAUUUCUCCAUCAUCACUCCUUUCAGAAUCACGAAUUAUUGGUGAAAUGGAUCAUCAAAAUGUGGCAAAAGAGAUACUUAGAUCUCGAACACCAGAUUCCAUUCAAGAAAGGUUGAUUAAGUCUGGUAUCUCACCUGCACCUUCGCCGCCAUCAUUGCUUUCUCAAGAUGCACUUGAGCAAAUAUCGUUGUCUACUUUGCCUUCACUAGAUAUAUGCACUCUUCAAUUUGAUGAUUUCGAUGACUUAUUGUCAUAG